AUGGCGCCUACGGUCGACACCCUCAUCAUCGGCGCCGGGCCCAGCGGUCUCUGCGCUGCAAAGACGCUUCUUCAGCGCGAUCCAUCAUCCGACAUUUUGCUCGUCGAUGGCCGUGCCUCCGUCGGCGGGGUCUGGUCGCAGGAGCAGAUCUAUCCGAACUUGAAGACGAACAACUUCACGACAUCGAUCGACUUCUCCGACUUCCCCAUGGAUCUCGAGAAAUAUGGCCUCAAAGAGAAGCAGCAUGUUCCUGGGGAGGUUAUGCACAAGUAUCUGGUGUCGUACGCCAAGCACUUUGGUGUCUACGACAAGAUCCAGCUGAAUACCAUGGUGAACCGUAUCACCCGCCCGGACAGCGCCGAAUGGUACAUCGAUAUUGAGGAGAACGGCGAGGCAAAGACCAUCUCGUGUAACCGUCUCAUCGUCGCGACCGGCGUGCUUACCGUCCCGCACAUGCCCGAAAUCGAAGGGUCCGAUGAAUUCAACGCACCGAUGAUCCACUCCUCGAAUCUCGGACCGCGUAAAGAACUGUUCGAGGACCCCGAUAUCCAGACGGUCGCGGUGCUCGGUGGCAGCAAGUCCGCAUACGACUCCGUGCACCUGGCGGCAUCGACCGGACACAAGGUCCGCUGGGUGAUCCGCCGCUCGGGGCGGGGCCCGGCGUGGGUCUUUACCGCGUUUACACAGCUCGGCCCGUUCAAGGUCUGGAGAGAGAGGCUUGUGACGAGACGCAUUGUCGCAUUCAUGUCGCCGAACAUGUUUCCAGAUAUGUCGGGCUUGUCCUGGAUCCGGCGCUUUCUCCACGAGAACGCGAUCGGCAGAGUUAUUUCGAGAAAUUUCUGGAAGUUGAUUCGGUACGACACAAUCAAGGAUUGUGGGUACCAGACACAUGAGAAGACGAAGGUGCUCCAGCCGGAACAGAAUCAAUUUUGGUACGGCACCGCAUCGGGUAUCCUGAGCUUCGACGAUGACUUCUUCGAAUAUGUCCGCAAUGGUACUGUCGAGAUCUACCGCGAAGACAUCGACCAUCUCUCGGAUCACAGGGUCCACCUCGCCGAUGGCACAUCUUUUUCAGUUGACCUUCUCGUUGCCUCUACCGGAUUUUCAGCCAAGCCGACCAUGAACUUUGAACCUGCAUCGCUGCACGCUGAGCUUGGUGUCCCAACUGCUGAAAUGAGCCCCGAACAAGUCGCCUUUUGGAAUGAGCAAAGCGCCAAGGCUGAUAAGGCUAUUGGCGCCCGCUUCCCUCGUCUGCUCGACGGUCCGUUCUUGAGUCCUACUUCAUCCAAACCAAAGCCUUUCAACCCCGGUGCCUCAGUCGAGGUAUCAUACAGCCCCUGGCGCCUGUAUCGUGGCAUGGCGCCUCCUGGUCUCGCCGCCAACGAUGAUCGCUCGCUCAUCUUCCUCGGUGUCUUUAGCAACUUGGCCAACAUCAUGCGUUUGGAAGUCCAAUGUUUGUGGGCCUUGGCCUACUUUGAGGGCAAGAUUCCAACUCUCGAUAGGGACAUUCGUGCUGGUAAGGUCUAUGAGGAAACUGCGCUCAUGCAGAGGUGGGCUCAACAUCGAGCUCCUUAUGGCCAUGGACGCCAGUACACGGACAUUGUGUUUGAUCAAUUGCCAUACUGGGAUAUGUUACUUGGAGAGGUUGGCGUGCAGACGCAAAGGAAGCCGAGUAAGUGGGCAGAGUUCUGGGAAUCUUACACACCCGUCGACUAUCGCGGUAUGGUAAAGGAGUGGAUGGCUCAGAACCCUAGGUUGCAAAAUGGCAAAGCCUAG